GGAAUUCCAAGUGCUCGAUGGGGUCAAAGAUUGCGAUAUUUACGAUGAUCACUAAACCAUGGGAGAUUUGGGAGGGCUUAGGAGGAUCUAAUAACGAGGACCUAUGCAUUUUUAACUCAACCAAAGUGCCAAGAGCAAUUAGAAAUAAAGCUUAA